CGCGAGCGCGAGGAGGACCCGGGCCGUGCCUGCGCUGAGCGUCUAGGCGCGCAGAGCGCGGCCCGGAACGUGCUUGCGUGCGUGGCCCGUCGGGGCCGGCAGACGGGCGCGCGCACGCGCGCCUCCUCCCCACCCCCACCUGCCCGAGAACGGCGACGACACAAUGGCGGCGCCCUUGCAAGUACCGCGGCCCGUCACCCACCUACUCUUUGACAUGGACGGCCUUCUUCUGGACACGGAGCGGUUCUAUUCGGUGGUGUUCCAGGAAAUCUGUGGCCGCUACGGGAAGCAGUACACCUGGGCCGUGAAGUCCCUGGUGAUGGGCAAGAAGGCCCUGGAGUCCGCGCAGAUCAUCAUAGACGAGCUGCAGCUGCCCAUGGACAAGCACGCGCUGGUGGAGGAGAGCCAGGCCCGGCUCAAGGACCUGUUCCCCACGGCGGGGCUGAUGCCAGGGGUGGAGAAACUGAUCCGCCAUCUGCACAAGCACCGCGUGCCCAUGGCCGUGGCCACCAGCUCCGGGACCGUGUCCUUCGAGAUGAAGACCCGCAAGCACAAGGAGUUGUUCGGCUUGUUCGACCACAUCGUCCUAGGGGACGACCCUGAAGUGAAGAACGGCAAGCCGAGCCCAGACAUCUUCCUGGCCUGCGCGAAGCGGUUUUCCCCCCCUGCCCCCCCGCACAAGUGCCUCGUCUUCGAAGACGCUCCCAACGGGGUGGAGGCGGCCCUGGCAGCCGGGAUGCAGGUGGUGAUGGUGCCCGACAAAAACUUGCAGCAAGACCUCACGGCCAAGGCCACCCUGGUGCUGGGCUCCCUGCUGGACUUCCAGCCCGAUCUCUUCGGGCUGCCGCUCUACGAGUGAGGGGCUCCAGCCCUGCGUCUGCGGGCACGCCCACUGCCCCGCCCACUGCCCGCCCCGCCCACUGUGCCGGCCACACUGCCCCUGCAGCCACAGAGGAAGGCGGACUUGUGAACGCCCCUCCCACCAUGCUAAUGACCCUCACUGCGCCUGCAGACCGGCGGGAGCAGAGCCCCGCACUUCCCGUGGGGCAGUCACCGCGUGCUUGCGCUCCGGGGGUGCUGCAAGGGUCACGUGCACUGAACGCACGUACGCACAUACACGCUUACACGCAACUGCACAUGCAUGUAUGGUGCGUGUAUGUGCACACACCAAACCACAUUCCCGUACAUGGAGACAGCGAGACAUGAUGGCCAUGCGUACCGUCCCCCACACCCUGACGUGUGUGUGAAGCGCUCAUGUACAUGUCUGUGUUCUUCAGUGCACAUGUGUGCAGGUGUGUGUGUGCACACAUUCUGCACUGCUGCCCCCAGCCCUGUCCCUCGUGCUGUGGCUGCCGACCGCACUGAGGGCCACUUAUGUCGCUUUCUUGUCCCAGGGGCAGUUCUCUUCGCUUUGUAAUCCCAGGGGCCAUUCUGUUUGGUUUCUGACCCGAGGGGCAACGCUGCUUGGUUCCUCCUCCGCGCAGGGAGAGCAUGGCACGCACGGGCCCCUGGGAAACCACUCCCGUCGUUGGGAAGUCCUCUCCUGGGGUGUCCUCAGAGCCCCGGCUGCACCUGUGUUCAGAGGCUGCCUCCCGCCAUUCUCCAUGCGGGCUCAGCGCAGCCCGGACCGCCCGCCCCCUUCAGGGGCGGUUCUGUUUGUGGCCCGUGCUGGGGGGCCGUAGGCUUCGACGCCAGGUGUGACCUGGAGCCACACUGCUCACGUAGCAGCCCUGAGGCCCUGGCCGUGAACCCCUCUCUAAUGCCUACUCUCCUGCGAUGAAAGGGAGAACCCCCACCUCAGGGCUGUGCCUGCCCUCGCCCCCUUCCACACCGUCUCUGUCCUUGUCACGGGGCUGCUUUCCUGCUCUGCAGGGUGCAGAAAGGCCGGGGUCGUGCAUGUGACGGCCGGGGGAAGGGCGCCUCUCCACGGGGCCUGUGCCGCGGGCCAGCUUUGCCAGGCUCCACCAACGCUGACUCCCGCUCUUGCAGCCUGCGCCUGGGACCCCUCCCCGCCGACCCCUCCUCACGUCCGGCUGCUUCCCUCAGUGGGUCAUUUUACUUGAAUACAAUGUUUGACGUUUGUUCACGUUAUAUUUGUAUGGAAGUAUGAUUUUUGCCUUAAAAAUGAUCCUCUAAUAAAUGAAAAACCUACGUGCGA